AUGCCACCCGCCAGCUCGUCCUUCACACCCCUCAACAUCCAAGACAAUGUCGUACCAGAGUGGCUGGAUGCCUUCACCCUGACCGCGCCUCCAAACACCGAUCUAUGGAGGAAACCACCAUCAGGGGAUAUAUCGACGGCUCCAAUUCUCUACACCGCUCUGCGCAACCCUUUUAUAGUAGCAGAAGUCACAGUUUCAGCAGACUGGGAGCUCGAAUGGGAUCAGGGAGGACUGGUCAUAUUCGCGGGCACACCGCCAGGGCAAAUGCCGGUAGCAACAGCAAACGCGACAACGACACUUGAGGUCCCAAAUGUUGCGAGCAUAUGUUUGAAUGAUAGCGCGGCCCCGAGUUCCGCCAUGUCACUCUCGCAAACCUCCAGUAUUGACGAUGUUGAGAGGUACAACACCACAACUUCACAAAGCCCAGCAGAGGAGUCAGAUACCAGGCCCCAGUUAGAGCGUGGCCCUCCACCACCGUAUGUUGCUCCUGCGCCAGCAUCCAAGUGGGCCAAAGUUGGGCUUGAGUUUUCCAGCAACGCGUGUCAUGCCAGUUGUGUGGUCGCAAAUGGCGUAGGUGCAGACUGGUCAUUGAGCGCACUCCCACCCCAUCAACAACGACGCAUGGACUUGCGCGUCAAGAUUGAGCGCAUCGGCUACGCGCUGUGGGUCUCAUACGAGGAUGAACUGUCAGGUUGGAAGAAGCUGAGAGAGGUCACCUGGUUCUUCUGGGGUGUGGAAGACAAAGCCACGCAAGUUCUGGUACUCCAAGCUAUCGCAAUAUCCAUGGAACUCCUGCUGCUAGGCCUACUGCUAUUUGCAGCUUGUAGAACCAACUGUACUCUAGUGGAAUCUCAACCGGUUGUUUCUGCGGACGGAAACUCUGUCGAGGGCUCCGCCACACAAUCUUCAAUUCAAAAACACGCUUCAUUGCCUUGGCGCUCAUGCUCACAAAAGAGCAUGCUAGUCAACACAGCCGGCAUGCUGGCUCAGAUACCUAGUGUAGAUCCCAAAGUCGCGUGUUGGGCUACUCUUUCCUGUAACUCGAUGCUUACAGAUUUCGCAUACUGCUACAACAUGACGGGAAGUAUGAAGGAUCCCAACGCCGAUGACGGACGGAGCGAGAUAUACCAACGCUGUCUUUGCAACGGCAGAGGGGAUACGUACAAAGACAUCAUUUCGAGCGACGGAAAAGUUGAGAAAGACAAUGUGAUGCAGUGCUAUGAGUGUCUGGAGCAAGCUGGCGUCGAUAUUGAAGAUAUCAAUCAACCUAGCAGACAACUUAAAUUGAAGAUCCAUGACUUCUGCAACACGGCAACUCCGAACCUCUACGACCUCCUCUUCUCGUUCCUAGUCUGGCUCAGGUCAACGAAUGUACCGGUCGACCACGACAAUGGAUUGGGUAGGGUAUCAGCCAUCUUGACGCUUUCGAGCCGCUUCAGGAGCACAAGUGGAAUGAACCAGGCUACUGGAAUAGUCAGCCUGCCUACAAGUGUGCCAGGGGGGUGGUCGCCAAGUACUCGUACAUCUGGAGACGCAAUACCAACGCAUUAUCUACAGCAGUUACAAAAGAACUGGCCUUACACAGCUUAUGGUGUAGCGAGAAAGGCUGAUCAAACUACCUCGUUUCCCUUGACGGAUCCCAGUUCGACGGGUGUAACGACGGCGUGGCUCUACUACAAGAUAGCUUGGAAUCCGCGACCACUUUUCACUCCGGCAUUAGCGGGGAAC